CUCAGUAAACCCUCACCUCCAACUCAGACCUCCCUUACUGCUGAAGACUUCGCAGCCUUCUUCGAAGCAAAAGUCACACUCAUCCGCAGCUCCCUUGACCCUCCCGACUCCCCACCCUUCCCUCCCCCCAUCCCCUCUAUGACCCUCCCCACAUUCUCCACCUUCUCCCCACUCUCUCUCCCUGAUGUCUCCCAACUCUUGCUCUCCCACCGUCCCACCACCUGUGCCCUUGAUCCCCUCCCCUCUACCCUCCUCCAGCUGAUCUCACCAGAGAUCAUCCCCUUCAUCGCCCACCUGAUUAACUCCUCCCUGACUUCUGGCACCUUCCCGUCAUCUUUCAAAAGAGCCCACAUCACCCCCAUUCUGAAGAAACCAACACUGGACCCCUGCCUCACCCAGAACUACAGACCGGAGACACUCCCCUACACCCUUCGCAGAGUGCCCGAAAUCUUGGAGUUGUGCUGGACAACAGGCUGUCACUCUGAGAAUAUCGCGGCAACCACCCGGUCGUGCAGGUUCAUCCUGUACAAUAUCCGCAGAAUAAGACCACUCCUCACCAAUUAUUCCACACAGCUCCUGGUCCAGGCCAUGAUACUGUCACGUCUGGACUACUGCAACUCCCUCCUGGCUGGCCUCCCAGCAUCAGCCACCAGACCCCUUCAGCUCAUCCAGAAUGCAGCAGCACGUCUGGUUUACAACCUCCCUCGUGACUCCCACGUCACUCCCCUCCUCAUCUCCCUCCACUGGCUACCAGUGCAAGCUCGCAUCCGGUUUAAGACACUGGUGCUUGCUUUCCAAGCAGUCAAGGGGUCAGCUCCUGGUUAUCUGCAGAAGAUGAUCAGACCCUACAAGCCGGCCAGAUCGCUCCGAUCGGCUACUACAGGGCGGCUGAUUCCUCCCUCAACACGAGCAGCAACAAGGUCUCGACUCUUUGCAGUUCUGGCCCCACGAUGGUGGAACGAUCUUCCAGUGGAGGUCAGAACAGCAGAGUGUCUGAGCACCUUCAAACGGAAACUCAAGACGCACCUCUUCUCUGUGUACCUCUCUCCUCUUCCCUAAACCCCCUCCCAUAACUAUUA